AUGCGCAUUUUCUUGAGAAUCUCUACUACGCCGACAAGAUUAUCUCUUUACCCGAUCCGCUUUCUCACCAUUCCCAGUAGAUUCGAGCGGCCAGGACCGCUACCGCUUGGUGAUCCAGAAGAACAGAAAGAAUUUGAAGAACUUGUCAAGAAACAACACUUGGUAGCGACAGCAGACGAUGAAGAGCGGUUGACCCAUCCUGAUAUGCGAACCGAGCCACCACCAGAGUUCGAAGGAGACAAGAAUCCUGUCACAGGUGAAAUCGGAGGACCCAAAACAGACCCUUUAGUACAUGGAGACUGGAGUUAUGGAAGUAAGGUCACCGAUUUUUAG